GUGCCAUGACAACAAGACGAUGGCUUCAAGAGGGCGACAAAUGUGAUUUUUUUGCCACCGCGAGGAGUAACAAACCUUCCGGCUUGUAAAACACGUCGGUGAAGAAAGAUGUCUCUGUUCAAGGCACGGGAUUGGUGGUCGACAGCCCUGGGAGAGGGCGAGGAGUUUGACCAUGGGUGCGUCUGCGUUGGGGAUGUGGACAACAGCGGCACAGGACACGACAAGGUGGUGGUGGGCAGCUACAUGGGCAUGCUGCGGAUCUUCUCCCCUCACCCCGCCAAACCCACUGAGGGGGGCCAAGGCUCGGCCGAGGCGCAGCUCCUUGAAGUCCAUCUGCAGAACGCCAUCAUCCAGGUGGAGCUGGGGAAGUUUGUCUCGUGUUCAGAUCUUCUCCACCUGGCUGUCCUUCACCCCAGGAAGCUGUCCGUCUUUUCUGUUCUGGGCACGGCGGGCAACGUGGAGCACGGCGACCAGUACCAGAUCAAACUGGUCUAUGAGCACAACCUGCAGAGGACGGCCUGCAAUAUGACAUACGGAACCUUUGGAGGAGUCACGGGUCACCACUCGCUGUGCAUCCAGUCCAUGGACGGCAUGCUGAUGUUUUUCGAGCAGGACAGCUACUCCUUCGGAAGGUUCCUGCCGGGCUUUCUGCUUCCCGGCCCGCUGGCCUACAACUCCCGGACGGACAGCUUCCUUACCGUGUCUUCGGCCCGCCAGCUGGAGAGCUACAAGUACGAAACUCUGGCCGUGGCGACGGAGGCAGAAAGCCGCCAGGACCCCGAUCAGCCCCUCAAGACCGGCGGCAAAAGGCUGACCCCUGACUGGACGUUGAUCCUGGGCGAGCAGGCCCUGGACAUCUCUGUGCCCUCUUUCUCCCACUCGCCCUCCUCCAUCUUCGUCCUUGGCGAGCGUAACCUCUACUGCCUGCGGGACAACGGGGUGAUCUACUUCAUGAAGAAGAUGGAGUUCAACCCUAGCUGCUUCUUGCCAUACGUGUCGCUGACCGAUGGCACCACCAACCUGUUGCUUGGCAACCACACCAACAUGCUGCUGGUGUACCAGGACGUCACGCUCAAGUGGGCUGCCCAGCUCUCCUUCGUGCCCGUGGCGCUCCGUGUCGCCAACUUCCCGGAUCUGAAGGGUGCCGUGGUGAGCCUGAGCUGGGACGGCCACCUGCUGUGCUCCUACAUGGGCACCGACCCAUCCUUCUUUUCCACGCCCAAGGUGGACGCCCGUGAGGUGGACUACGAGCAGGCCGACGCCGAGAUGAAGAGGCUGCACAAGUUCAUCAGAGAGGCCAGCAGGACUCAGGACAUCCUGCCUAAGGGUGAAAGUGAAGAGGACUUAAAGGUUACGGCGUAUGUGUCUACUGACAUGGACAUCCCUUCGCGAGCGCUGAUCCAAGACAUGGACGGCUUUCCUGUCCCCUCGGUGACCGUAAAAGUGACGGUGAAGGCCAGCAGCGUGUUGGCCUCCUCCAAGCUGACCGUUGGCGUUCAGCCCCCACUUGCCGUCACUCAAGACCAGUUUGUCCUCGAACCUUUAGGUGUGGGCUCGUCCACUGCUGUUGUCUUUUCAGCUUUUCUCAAUGGCCGCUACCCGCCUGCAGACCUGAGCGGAGACCUCACCCUCUCUUACAGCUCGCCCACAGAGUUCAACCCCAAAGGAGUCCCGCACGUCCACCAGUGCCAGUUCACCCUUCCUCUUGCCCUCGUCUGCAUUGCGUCCUCUCCUAGCAAGAGUAGCGUCUUCAAAAUCACGGUGGACACCAACCAGCUGCCCGUGGACCUGGCCACCAUCUUUCCUGAGUUUACGACCCAGUCGGGAGAUAACGAGGGGAACUGUUUGGCUUUCCGCUUCUUGCCGGGCGGCCUUGUGACCGUGCUGGCCUCCAAAACUUCCCAGCGCUAUCGCAUCCAGAGCGACGCCUUCGAGGACAUGUGGCUGGUGGCCAAGGAACUGCUCCACAGAGUCGACGUUCAUUUCUCCAAGCUGGGAGUUGACAGCUUCAAGAAGAGCUUCGACGGACCGCUGCCCCUCAAAGACUACUUCCUGUCUGUAGACCACCACUUCCAGCUUCGCGUCAGUGCUCAGAAGUACCAGGACCUCCUGUCCGAGCGGGCCGCCCAGUUCCGAGCAGUCCAGCGCCGCCUCCUGACCCGCUUCAAAGACAAAACCCCAGCGCCACUGCAGAACCUGGACACGCUGCUAGACUCCACCUACACCCAGGUGAUGUCUCUGGCGGAGGCGGCAGAGGACAACGUUUGCCAGUUGGAGGAGGCCUUCGUGCGUCUGAGAAGCUCCACGCAACUGCUGGUGCUGCUGCUGUCACUGUGGCAGGGCCUCACCCCCGAGCAGACCAACAUCUUGGAGGCCACCAUGCUGCCGAUGCUGCAGGACACGCCACAAUUGGGCUGGGAGGAGAGCUGCGACGCGGCCGUGUCUCACCUCCUGAGGACGUGUCUGUCUCGCAGCCCCAAGGACCAGGCCACCACGCUGGCCCAGGCCGGGGGGCCCGUGCUGGGUCUGCCCCGGGACACGGCCCGCCUCAAGAAGCACAUCACGCUGUUGUGCGAGCGCCUCGCCAAAGGAGGGCGCCUCACGCUGGCCUCCGAGGCCAACGUCCAGGUCCCCGCGCGGGUCCAGAACUUGGUCGCUCCCCGGUGAGUCCCACACCGGGUC